AUGCCUGCGGCGUUCAACCACCCGGCAGGUUCGAAGCAGUCCAGAGGAAAAUGUCCCGACCACGACGAAAUCCCCGUUGGCUAUCAGCUGACAGUCGUCACGAAUGACACAAUUUUCGAAGGAGACGACCUCACCGCAGCCGCAGCCGCAGCCGCAGCAGCAAGUGCUGAGAGGAACAGCAUCGCCCUGAAAGGGUCUUCGCUCGCCAUUCUGCUGGAGAUGGCAAGGACGUGUGAUCUCUACGUCAUCACGCAGGUCACCAGUGAUGAAGUUGAGAACAAAGUUGUCGAUGCUCUAGAGCAGGCGGGAGUCUUCGAUGCUGGCUUGAGCCCGCAUAAAGUUCUCUUCUGCGAGACUGAGCUCGGUAGAGCUGCCAUGGUUCGUCAGAUCGAGCCAAUGCUGCAUGUAGAGAGCUCCGCCGUCGUUCUCGAGUCCCUCAAGCCCUUCAUCCCCAACCUAGUCGUCGUCAAGACGCCGUACAACGUAAGCUCGCUCUCCUCGGCUCCUGCUGGGCGAGGAGGAGGAGGAGGAGGAAACGUAGCGAUUGUGGAUGAUCUAAGUCAGUACUUCAUGCAAGCGAGCUCGCCGACAUGA